CUCAAACCCGAAAGAAGAACAAAACACUUAACUAACAAACAUGUUACGUUUCGUGAUACUCUCUCUAACUCUUGUUUCUCUCAUCAACUCAUCAAACAUCCCUAAAACAGCAGCAACUCCACCCUCCAGAUACCAAAACUACAAAACGUUCGUAAAAACCGCAUGCAACUCAACAACAUAUCCUACAAUGUGCUACAACUCAUUGUCCUCCUACUCCUCCACCAUCAAAGCUGACCCAAUCAAACUCUGCACAACGUCCCUCAACGUCAACCUCAAAUACGCCAAAAACGCCACGUUAGUCGUCUCAAACCUUCUCAAAAAGGCUAAAUCCACCUCCAGCCCUGAGGUCCCGGUCCUCAAGGACUGCGUGGAGGAGAUGAAGGACACUGUCGACGAGCUCAAGCAGGCAAUGGCCGAGUUGAAGAAUCUCAACGGCGGAGGAAUCUCAAAGGAGGAGCAUCUAAAGAACAUGAAGACGUGGGUGAGCGCGGCGUUGACCGACGAUACUACGUGUACGGACGAGUUCGAGGAAGAGGAAGUGAAUGAGGAGACGAAGAAGAAGGUGGAGAAGGCUGUUUCUGAACUUUCAAAGACUACAAGCAAUACUUUGGCCCUUAUAACCAAUUAUCUACGUUUCUAAAUUAAGCGUUAUAUUCAACUUCAUCUCUUUGCAUGUGCAU